AACAAAAACAGCAGGGGGGGAGGGGGGGAGGAAGGCAGGAGAUUUAACUCCAACUUCAGAGCAACCGUCUUGGGCUGCCCAUCUGACACCAGUGGGUGGGGUGCAAUCUGACACUUCCUUUCCUUUCCAGAAACGUGAGUGGAGCUGGGCGCCCCCCUUGAUCUGGGGGAGGGGAGACGGAGGAGAAGGUCCGCACUUCCGUCCUCACGGCUUUCUCCCCAGGAGACCCGGUAUCAGUGGCGAGCUAGGCUCUUUCUGCGCGGCUCCCAGGUUUGGCGCCUGGAAAACUCCUCCACGUUCUGCCUUCUCCUGCUAAGGGCUCCGCUCCACCUCUAGACCUUGCUUCCCUCCCACCCUACCCGUCCUGGCCGCUCCCUUCCCGCUGCCUCUAGUGAGAGCGCGCGGGGACAUCUCCGCGCCUGCCCUGGGCCCAAGGCAGGGCUGCGAAUAUCAGGAGCCCCUCUCCGGCGGGGCAUGGGCACCCACCCCUGGGGUUCUCUCCUUAGCUCCCUGAGCGUAGCCAGGAAUUCUCUCCCACCGUAGCCACUCAGCCCUUGGAAGGCCCUGGGCGCAGAGCUCUCCGUGUCCCUACUUUGUAGCAAGACUGGCAUCCCACGGGAACCUGGAACUUGGAGACACCCUUGCGCCUAGCCAGUCAGAGGAGUGGGCGCAGCAGCCAAGUGGAGGCCAGAGGCGCUGUUUCAGGGGCCUGGAUACGGCGACGGGGCACCCGGGGCGCAGCUCGGGCGCGCAGCUCCAGCGCCGGAGGAAGUCGCUCUCGCAGCGCAGGGAGCGCGACGGACGCGCCCUGGGCGCACGCCCAGGAGGCCUCCUCCCCAGCCCUCGGGACCGUCCUCAGGGCGCGAGGAGGAGCUUGCUGGAGACUUCGAGGCUGUCCAAAGCCAGCGAGCGGGAGCGCGGCAUCUCCUGCCUUGGCUGGGAAGGGGGAGUGGCGCUGGCGGGUUGGAGCUGGGAACUGAGCGAGCGCCUGACCUUCCUUCUCUUGCUUACCCACUUCGCGACUUGAGCUCCGAGGGAAGGUUCUAGCGAGCGCAAGAGGCCCCCCGACCCCUUUUCCUAGAAGGCUGGUGAUGGAUUUCCUGCUUCUGCCCCCGCGAGGGUACUUGGAGCGCGCUAGUGGCGCGUGAGCCGGGCGCUGCCCUCCACCGCCCUCAGCGAGCCUCUGGCUGGCCCCGCCUGGCAGCCUCGCCUGAGCCCCCCUUCUUUCUGGGCCCCAAAUCGCCAGCGUUCCGAAAGCGGGAAGAAGGUGGCCCUCGGGCACAGCCCCGACGAGAUGUCCGCGCAGAGCCUGCUCCACAGUGUCUUCUCCUGCUCUUCACCGGCCUCGGGCGGCGCGGCCUCGGCCAAGGGCUUUUCCAAGAGGAAGCUGCGCCAGACCCGCAGCCUAGACCCAGCCCUGAUCGGCGGCUGCGGGGGCGAGGCGGGCGCGGAGGGCGGCUCGCGGGGGGCCACUGGGGGCCGCCUGUGCUCCCCGCUGGCCCCAGCCGAGGGUCUCGGCCCCCGAUCAGCGUCCUCUCCCCGGGGCCCACCCCCACGGGCCAACAGACUCCCGCCCCCUAGACCCCUCUGCUCAUCCUUCUCCACGCCCAGCACCCCGCAGGAGAAGUCGCCGUCUGGCAGCUUCCACUUUGACUAUGAGGUCUCCCUGGGUCGCAGCGGCCUCAAGAAGAGCAUGGCCUGGGACCUGCCUUCGGUCUUGUCCGGGCCGGGCAGUGGCCGCAGCGCCAUCCUGUGCUCCUCUGGGGGAGGCCCCAACGGCAUCUUCGCUUCUCCCAGGAGGUGGCUCCAGCAGAGAAAGUUCCAGUCCCCACCUAACAGCCACGGCCAACCCUACGUCGUGUGGAAGUCCGAGGGUGAUUUCACCUGGAACAGCAUGUCGGGCCGCAGCGUGCGGCUGAGGUCAGUCCCCAUCCAGAGUCUCUCGGAGCUGGAGCGAGCCCGGCUGCAAGAAGUGGCUUUUUAUCAGUUGCAGCAGGACUGUGACCUGAGCUGUCAGAUCACCAUUCCCAAAGAUGGACAAAAGAGAAAGAAAUCUUUGAGAAAGAAACUGGAUUCACUAGGGAAGGAGAAAAACAAAGACAGAGAAUUCAUCCCACAGGCAUUUGGAAUGCCCUUAUCCCAAGUCAUUGCCAAUGACCGGGCCUAUAAACUCAAGCAAGACUCGCAGAGGGACGAGCAGAAAGACACAUCUGAUUUUGUAGCUUCGCUCCUCCCAUUUGGAAAUAAAAGACAAAACAAAGAACUCUCAAGCAGUAACUCAUCUCUCAGCUCCACCUCGGAAACACCAAAUGAGUCAACGUCCCCGAACACUCCAGAACCAGCUCCUCGGGCCAGGAGGAGGGGUGCAAUGUCAGUGGAUUCUAUCACAGAUCUUGAUGACAAUCAGUCUCGACUGCUAGAAGCUUUACAACUCUCCUUGCCUGCCGAGGCUCAAAAUAAAAAAGAAAAAGCCAGAGAUAAGAAACUCAGUCUGAAUCCUAUUUACAGACAAGUCCCCAGGCUGGUGGACAGCUGCUGUCAACAUCUAGAAAAACAUGGCCUACAAACAGUGGGGAUAUUCCGAGUUGGAAGUUCAAAAAAGAGAGUGAGACAAUUACGUGAGGAAUUUGACCGUGGGGUUGAUGUCUCUCUGGAGGAAGAGCACAGCGUUCAUGAUGUGGCUGCCUUGUUGAAAGAGUUCCUGAGGGACAUGCCGGACCCGCUUCUCACCAGGGAGCUGUACACAGCUUUCAUCAAUACUCUCUUGUUGGAGCCAGAGGAACAGCUGGGCACCUUGCAGCUCCUCAUCUACCUUCUACCUCCCUGCAACUGCGACACGCUCCACCGCCUGCUACAGUUCCUCUCCAUCGUGGCCAGGCAUGCCAAUGACAACAUCAGCAAAGAUGGGCAAGAGGUCACUGGGAACAAAAUGACAUCUCUAAACUUGGCCACCAUAUUUGGACCCAACCUGCUGCACAAGCAGAAAUCGUCAGACAAAGAAUUCUCAGUCCAGAGUUCGGCCCGGGCUGAGGAGAGCACAGCCAUCAUCGCUGUGGUGCAGAAAAUGAUUGAAAAUUAUGAAGCCCUGUUCAUGGUUCCCCCGGAUCUCCAGAACGAAGUGCUGAUCAGCCUGUUGGAGACCGAUCCCGACGUGGUGGACUACUUACUCAGAAGAAAGGCCUCCCAAUCAUCAAGCCCUGACAUGCUGCGGUCGGAAGUUUCCUUUUCCAUGGGAGGAAGGCACUCAUCCACAGACUCCAACAAGGCCUCCAGCGGAGACCUCUCCCCUUAUGACAACAACUCCCCAGUGCUAUCUGAGCGCUCCCUGCUGGCUAUGCAAGAGGACGCGGCCUCGGGGGGCUCAGAGAAGGUUUACAAAGGGCCAGAACAGUAUGUGCUGGUGGGCCACUUGCCAUCGUCAAAGUCAAGGGAGAGUUCUCCUAGACCAAGGCUUGGGAAAGAUAUGUCAGAGGAGCCUUUCAAUAUCUGGGGAACUUGGCAUUCAACAUUAAAAAGUGGACCCAAAGACCCAGGAAUGACAGGUUCCUAUGGAGACAUUUUUGAAAGCAGCUCCCUGCGACCGGGGCCAUGCUCCCUUUCUCAAGGGAACCUGUCCCCAAAUUGGCCUCGGUGGCAAGGGAGCCCCACAGAACUGGACAGUGGUACGCAGGUCAUUCGGAGGACUCAGACCACAGCCACCAUCGUGGAGUGCAGGGCCCACCCUCCUGUGUCCCGCGUCUGCAACACAUCCCACAUCCAGGGUGGCAGCAGGAGAGCCAAGCUGGCCACGCCAAGGGCGGAGCAGUAUUUGACUCUCAGCAGUGCCGAAGACCUCACCGAGGGCCAGCUGGAUGUGGCCUGGCCGCAGAGCCGAGCCAAGCCUUUGCACCAGAGACCUCAAGAGAGCGCGAGGCAUGACAAGAGGCCUCCUCCUCCUUAUCCUGGUCCAGGGAAGCAAGCUUUAGUGUCGUCCCACCAGCCUGCAGAGUCACAAUUGUGGAGGCCUCAGAGACCAGAAGAAGUCUCCGGAACAGCUUUGCAAGAGGGAAGCCAAACAGCUGAGCGAGAGCAUCAGGCUGCCCAGCAAAAACGGAGCAGCGCCUACUCCAGUCCGACCAGUGAUCAAAACAGUAAGACCUUGGGGGAACCCAACUGGCUCGACUGGCAGAGAGAGCGGUGGCAAAUCUGGGAGCUCUUAUCAACCGACAACCCUGAUGCCCUCCCGGAAACACUGGUAUGAGCCCACCCAAGCUCAAGCCCUCACAUCCCAAACAGCCUUCUUCCACUCAGUAGGGAAAAAAGUUGUUGGACAAUUGGACACUUACUUAUUGUUUUUCUUUUACACUUUUAAAAAAUAACACAAGAGAAACUCAGUUCACUUAAAGUUAUAGAGCACUAACUAGUACCCUUGCCAUUUAUAAGGUUCUAUUGUAUAGCCAGCCUUAGGAAAAAACAAAAACAUAAACAGAUAGCCGUAUCUGAUCUAAAAAGUACUCACAUUGGCUCUGUAUAAGAUAAAACUCUUGCUUUGGUAUAGCUUAAUUGUAUUUAUGUGUCUUCAGUUUUGACUAUUGUGUAUUCUGUAACAGAUUAUGUAUGAUAAUCGUAUAUGAUAUAUUCACAGAAAACAAGAGGAACAAUUUUUUUAAUCACUUCACUUAUACUAAGCAAUGAGAUUCUAUAGAAUGUUCUAGAAUAUGCACAAGCAGGUUUCUGUGCUUUUUCCCAUAGCUUUUUAACUAGGGACAGCCCUUCCUUCAAUGCCUAAGAAAAACACUAACAAAACAAAAUAAAACAGACUAUGAGAAGCCAUAUUUUUAUAUAGUAGUGAGAUACAAAAGUCACUGAAUGUCACAGAAUGCUUUUUCAUAUUGAAUGUGUUUUAAGGAAAAUAUUAAAUUUGAUACAUAAUGGAAUAUAUUUUUAGAAUCUGUUUAGAAAGGAUUCAGUUAAUCAGACAAGAGAAAGGCCGUGCCUAACAAAGAAAGAAUAAUUAAGAAGUUGUCCUUCCCAUUUUAGGUCAAAUUCAAUUUUAUAUAGACCGUAUAUAAUAUAUAUUUAUAAUGUAUAAUUUUUAUGUAUUUUUCAAAACUACAAACUGGAAUCCAACUAUAAAGUGUUUAAGAAUCUAAAUAGAGUCUUGAAAUUACAGAACAUGGUUUUUCCUUUUGCCCCAUAAUCAGUAUUAACCAAAUUAUACGCAAUGCUUUGUAAAGUAAAUCAUAUUUGGAAAAAAACCACAGCUUUGUAUUUACAUCAUGCCAAAGGCUGAGAAAAUGUCUUCUUUGGUAAUUUUUUGUGUAUUGUAAAAUGCUCCUACUGUACUUCAGUAGUUUCAAGUUUUUCAACUGCAAGGCCAUUUUCGACCAGCAGGUGGCGAUUCGCUUCAGUAUUUUAUGAGAUUUUUUUUCACUUCAUAAGGGAAUGUGUAUUAUAGAAAAAGAAUUUUUUUAUAAAACAUGCUACUCUUAAUGUUGGCGAUGAUAUUUUCAGUGGUGUUUCUUAAAGUUCUAUCUUGUGCCAUGAUGAAUAAAAAGUUA